AUGCACAUCGUAUCCUCCCUAUUUUUGGCCUCUUUGGCCGCCACAUCCGCCUUGGCUUCCGCUCCCACAUGCAGCACCAGCUCGCAAUGUCCUGAGGAGUACCCCUGCUGUUCGCAGUACGGUGAAUGUGGUACCGGCGCUUACUGUCUGGGUGGAUGCGAUCCACUUUCGUCUUACUCCCUCGACUCCUGCGUUUCCGAGCCCGUGUGUCAGAGUAGGACCUACACGUGGGAGAACCUGGACAACUCCGCCUUGAACACCAAGUACCUCGGAAAUUCUUCCGAGACCGACUGGGUCUACAGCGGUUACCCUAAGAUCGAGGACGGGAAUCUUCUAUUGACAAUGCCCAAGAACACCGUGGGCAGUCUGUUCGCCAACAACCACUACGUCUGGUAUGGAAAGAUUUCUGGCAAGGUCAAGAGCAGCCGGGGUAAAGGUGUUGUCACCGCCUUCAUCCUGCUGUCUGAUGUCAAGGACGAGAUCGACUUCGAGUUUGUCGGUUCCGACCUCGCUAACGUCCAGACCAACUACUACUGGCAGGGUGUUUUGGAUUACAACAACGGAGGAAAGUCCGCUGUUAACGGCAGUGAUACUUUCGACGAUUGGCAUGACUACGAGAUUGAUUGGACCGAAGAUGCUAUCACCUGGUCUGUGGACGGUCAGGUCACUCGCACCCUGACCAAGGAGUCCACCUACAAUGCAACUUCCAAGACCUACAAAUACCCUCAAACACCUUCCCGAAUGCAGCUGUCAUUGUGGCCUGCAGGCCAAGCCAGCAAUGCGGAGGGAACAAUCCAGUGGGCUGGCGGUGAGAUCGACUGGGACAGCGAGGAUAUCAAGGACAAGGGAUACUACUACGCCACCUUCGGAGACAUCACGGUUGAGUGCUACGAUGCCCCGAACGGCACGGUCUCGAAAGGCGACAAGUCUUACGCCUUUGUCAAUGAGGAAGGACUCGAGAGCUCGGUUGUGAUUACCGACAACAGUACCGUUCUUGCCUCUUUUGGCGCUACGGGCCUGGAUAUGGAUCUCGGUAGCAGCAGCACUACCAACACCACGGGCGACAACAGCACGGUCCCCGAAAACCGUGGAGGCUCGGGCAAUGAGCCCGGAGCCACGAGCUCAAGCACCGGCACCGGCACCGGCACUGGCACCAGCAGUGGUAGCUCAAGCGAUUCGACGGGUUUCAGCCAGGGUACCUCAACCGACACUAGCUCCAACGGCGUCGCCUCUCAAAAUGAGCGUGUUCUGAGAGGCUCGUUCUUUGCCGCAUUGGUGGCAAUUGUCGUUUCGGUCACUCUAUAA